UAAUGGCACUCAAAGAACGGUCACACUGCACAUCAGCAGCGUGUUGCGGCCCAAUCGGAUCGAAAGAAAAACAACCAGAAAUUGGCCGAUAUUAGUGCAACUGCAUAGUCAAAUUGCUAUUGCUUGCUGCGGGCGCGUACGAGAGUAAUGCGGAGAUGUGCGCCGACCUUGCCGACAGCCACUGCCGCCGCUGUUCCACCCACCGACCCCCAAAAGUCGCGUCAACACGUCACCGUUCGAGCCAAUUAAAGACUUGCAGUCCCGUUCCCCGUGCCCCCGAUCGGCCCUAGAUAAGGAUUACGUGUAUAUGCGCGAACAAUGGGCAUGCAGGACGACCUGGAUGGCAUCGUUAGGCAGCGUCGCCGGAACCUGAGCCUCCUGCAGCUAAUAGCGCUCACCAUGGCGGGCUUGGCAGCCCUAGACCCCGUCCAAGUGAGAGCGGCGAAUUUAAACGCGAAUUCAGAUCUCCAGGCAACGGAAUCACGCAAUCGCCCUGCUAUCGCGCACUGCGUGGAUCAGGAGGAACGCCGAAUUGGACGGAGACUCCUUUACAUAACCACACUGGACGGGCGACUGAGCGCACUGGACGUAGCCAAGUCCGGCAAAUUGCGCUGGAGUGUGCCCACCGGACCCGGGCCGCUUAUCUCGUCCAGCAUCCACCGCCUCGAGCUGACCAACAAUGGACAGUUCGUGCGCAUGAUUCCCUCGCUGAGCGGAGGCAUAUACAAGUUUGACGGUGACUCCAUCGAUCCCAUUCCGAUCACUGCGGAGCACCUGCUCAGCUCGAGUGCCAAGUUCAGCGACGAUCUGGUGAUUUCCGGUGGCAAGGAAACUCGUUCCUACGGAGUUUCCGUUCGGACAGGACAACUAUUGUAUGAAUGCUCUUUAAGCGGUUGUGUAAACUCCACGGAGGAUGGACUGGCCAUUGAUGACACUAUUAGAGAGACCGAAGAGGAAGAUCAGCAGGAGGACGGUGACCAGCUCAGGGACGAAGACGGUUACGUUGUGGGCCAUGAUCCGCUCCUCGACGACGUAAUUGUGGUGCGCCGCCAGACGCAAACGGUGCGGGCUGUCGAAUCCCGCACCGGUAUGGAGCGGUGGAACUUUAGCGUGGGUCAGCAUGAACUGGAUUUGGUUCGACAUUCCGAAUGCCAACAGCAGCCGCGCGAUGAGUUGGAACUGGCCGUCCUGGAUGUAGACAUUAAGGUGGUAGUGCCCGAGGGCAUUAUAUGCGCCUUCAGCAAGAGUGACCCACAGACUGUGCUAUGGAAGUACAAGUUUGAUCACCCAAUUGUGAGUGCCUGGAACACAAAUGCCGCAGACGAACUGAAGCCUAUUGAUCUGUUUAGCUCGGCACAAUGGCUGUGGGACCAGGAGCAGGAGGACAAUGAGGUUCCGAAUACCCCACAAAGCCCCCCGUCAAUCUACUUGGGCAUGUACGAUAAACAGUUGUAUAUCCAAGAGUCUAUACGUCUACGCCAGGAGAUCAUGGACCAGACGAGGGUCUACCAGCAGCUCACGGGCGACACCAGCCUGAUGCCCAAGAUUCCUUGGAAGCCUAUAGCCGCCAGCAGCAACUCACUGGUCAUCUUCCAAAAAGGUAAAGUGGAGCCUGAGUUAAUUGGUGAGGGAACGGGAUCCCAAGGAGGAGAAAUGGUGCCCUAUGAUGAUCAGAAUUUCGCUGUGGCAGCGCAGUCCGUAUUGAAUGCCUCGGAAUUUGUGAAUGGUAAUGGUUUUUACUUCUAUGCCACCGGUGAACUGGAGGGUCCGUCGGAGUGCGGCACCCAAAGCACUCCUAGUGGCGUAUCCGCGAUUGAAGCUCCAACGCCUCCUAGCAAUGCCACAUCUGAGGGAACGAUAAGCUCCAGCAACAAUAGCAUCAACAGCGAUCUGGGCUUUAGUCUGGACGACAUCGAUGCGCCCGUGAAGGUGGUAAUUCUGUCGCUGUGGUUUUGGUGGAAGGAAAUCGUAGUCAUCGCAUUCACCUCGGCAGUAAUCCUCAAUAUCUUCAUGGGACAGCGAACCCAACGAGUGGAGCGGGAGUAUCUGGUUAUUGAACGCCAUGUUCCAGUACAGACGGCCAUCGAGGCCACCGAAGCAUCCACUCAGGCUCUCCUAGGUCCUGUAGUGCCUAUACAGCGCCCUGGAAACCGUUUUAGUUUCCCACCCGGCGGUGGAAACCAGCGCUCUAUUUCGGAGUCCACAACGCAUUCAGGCGAGCAUUACACAUCGCGCUUCCAGUCGGACUUCGAGCUGAUGCAGUGCCUCGGACGAGGCGGCUUUGGGGUGGUAUUUGAGGCCAAGAACAAGCUAGAUGAGAACCGGUACGCCAUCAAGCGCAUAACGUUGCCCAAUAAAGAUUCCUCAAGACAGCGAGUUUUGCGCGAAGCUCGAACAUUGGCCAGUUGCGAGCACCACAACAUCGUACGCUACUUCCAUUCCUGGACCGAAACUCCGCCAACUGGUUGGCAGGAAGAAGAGGAUCGCAAGCUGCUAGCCCACGAGCUGUCCACCUCCAUUCAGAUAGAGACGCCCGACGAGAGUACAAUGCCCUCAUUGGCGGAACAAUUGCAGGAGAAACGCCACCAGCAGCUCUUGUCAUGGGUCUCCGAUGCAGCUAAUAGUACGGCCUGCAGCCAUGACUUUCCCGGGCACAGCGAGUCGUCACUUAGGAACAUCAGGGAGGAGUAUGACGACGAUGAGGAGGAGGAUUCGCUCAUUGAGUUUCGCAGCGAGUCCCAGUCGGCAGCUUUGAGGGAGGGGCAGGAUGAUUAUGACGAUGAUGAUGACGAAGAAGAAGAGGUCCAGGACGUCAAGAAGAGGCACCAUCGCAGCUCCGUGUCCAUCGACAUCCAUUCGGCCUCAUUCGACCUAAAGAACAUUAACUACUCACAGCACCAGCUGGUGUCCAACUCCUUUCAAAUCGAAUCUGUACGCCCCAAGAGCAAUGGCAGUGAAGAGUUAGAGGACGAUAAUAAAGUUCGAAGGAAGCCCCUCACCCUGGCUCUAGCCCAGAACCACAACAACAACGGGAGCCAUCCGACGCCCCCGAGUGCUACGAUUCAAAACGGAGCAGUGGCCAAGCCCAGCAAAGUGUACCUCUACAUUCAGAUGCAGCUGUGCCGCAAAGAGAGUCUGCGCGACUGGCUUAGAGACAAUCGCUCGGAGGCCAGAUCUGCUCACACUGCUGACAUCUUCCACCAGAUUGUGGAUGCCGUAGACUAUGUGCACCUGAAGGGCCUGAUUCAUCGGGACCUCAAACCGAGCAACAUAUUUUUUUCCCAGGAUGGGCAGAUCAAGAUAGGAGACUUCGGAUUGGUUACAGACAUGGCGGAUAUACCCAACCUCGUGGCCAAGUGCGGGGAUCAGAGUGGUCUGCCCUCUUGUGCCCGCCACACCCAGCAGGUGGGAACCCACCUGUACAUGUCGCCGGAGCAGCUUCUUGGGCAUCACUACGAUUACAAGGUGGACAUUUACUCGCUGGGCCUAAUCUUCUUUGAACUGCAUGUGUACUUCAGCACCGAAAUGGAGCGGAUCAAGACGUUGCGUAAUCUUCGGGAUGGCCAGUACCCCAAGGAUUUCAGUGUCAAUUACCCGAAGGAGUACGAUUUACUUCAGCAGAUGCUUUCCGCCCAUCCAGAGCAGCGCCCGCAGACCAAACAGUUGAAAAGCCAGCUCCAUAACAUCCUGCAACUACCCCCCCACCUGUCCGACGGACGCAGCGAGCAGGCGGCACUUGAGGAGCGUGCCAGACGCCUGAGUCGCAGCCGCACCUUUAGCAGCUCUAGCGAGCCGCAUCAGUGAUAGACCAGACCACAUAUGCCACGGGCUUGGAGGCCCAUUUUGUCAGCGCCAAGUUCAGUCAUCAGUUAGCAUUUCGCUUGUAAGUUAUCCCUCACCUGGCUAUGCCUCAUUCGCUGACCUCGACCCGGACAAGUCGAAGAUUCAUUUAAUGGGUAACUCUAGAUUUGAUAAGUUUUGUAUUACGUUCACCUUUUAAACUCUUGCGUGUCGCAAAUUACCAACAAAAUGUCCUUUUGUUUUUAAGACUUAACAUAAGGAAUUAUACAUAAAUAUACAUAGAGAUGUACUCCAAAAACAGUCGUAAGAUUAAGUUGACCUACGAUGCAAAAUUGUUUGUCUUAGUUUGUUUCUACCUAUGUGGCCCAACCAAUAGGAGAGUUUGUUUUAGUCGUAGGCGAUAAGAGAUAAAAUAAAAAUGUAAAAAUAGAAAUGGAAAUGUUUUCUAAUUGCUAACAGAGAUAACGGAUGUGACUAAUUGCUUUAAAUGCCUUGAAAUAUUUUCAUUAUUACGCCAAGUCACGUCUGAAGCAAUUAAAUUGGGUAAGGACGCUGAGAUUGUUUAUAUGUUUAUACAAAAUUUUUGAAAGCGCAUCCUAAACAAAUAACAUAAUUGAUAUCUAAACCUCAAACAGAAUCGGCACCAUUCUCCUAAAGUUGGGACGUAUUGUGAAAUAUCGUCGAAUCAAUGUAUCUUAUUUUUUGAGCUGUUGUUAUUUUCCGGUAUCACUGAAAAGAUUAUCAAGAAAUCUCUUGUUUUUUUAUAAAUAUACAUUUACAACCACGAGGCAAACUUUCUUGUUUCGAGGUCUGUCUCUCUCAAAUAAGCAGUGCCAAAAAAUUAGUCUUAAGGAAAAUAAGUAAGUUAAUAAAGAAAAUGUAUUUUGAAGUAAAUCAUUUCGUAUAGUAAAAAGCGAUUAGAUCAUUUUACAAACCUGUUUUCCUUUGCUUUUUUGGAUGUCUUGAAAUGUUUUACCCAUUUGUAUCCUUAACGAAAUAAUUAAAUUUACAACUUAUUUUACUUUUA